AUGCCCUCGCUCAAUGGCUUCGAGGCGUCGUCGCCCGAGGGCGUCAUCGUCUCCGAUGAGCAGCAGCACGUCAACGGCAAUGGCGGCGACCACAACCACCACCACCAUAGCACCGUCGCCCACCGGCCCAAGACGCCCACCACGGCGGCCAUGGCCCUCACCGAGUACAGCGCCUGCCCCUCGCCGCCAUCGGAGACGGCUCAGGCGCGCAUCAAGCAGGUUGUUCCUGAUGAGUUUUUGCAACCAGACGGCUACCCAGAUUACCUACGGAUGAUCCUCUCCGCCACAUCGCGCAUCUACGAAGCCUGCAAGGCCACGCCCCUCACCCACGCCGUCAAUCUCAGCAACCGGCUCGAGUGCGCCGUGCUGCUCAAGCGCGAGGACGAGCAGCCCGUCUUUAGCUUCAAGCUGCGCGGCGCCUACAACAAAAUGGCCCACCUCGACCCCGCGCGGUCCUGGAAGGGCGUCGUCUGCUGCUCCGCCGGCAACCACGCGCAGGGCGUCGCCUACUCGGCCCGCAAGCUCAAGAUCCCUGCCACCAUCAUCAUGCCCGAGGGCACCCCGAGCAUCAAGCACACCAACGUCGCCCGCCUCGGCGGCCACGUCGUCCUGCACGGCGCCGACUUUGACGCCGCCAAGGACGAGUGCGCCCGCCGCGCCGCCGCCGACGGGCUCAUCAACAUUCCGCCCUUUGACGACCCGUAUGUGAUUGCCGGACAGGGCACCAUUGGCAACGAGCUCUUUGCCCAGGUCAACAUGGCCAAGGUCGAGGCCAUCUUUUGCGGCGUCGGCGGCGGCGGCCUGAUUGCCGGCAUCGGCGUCUACGUGAAGCGCAUGGCGCCCCACGUCAAGAUUAUCGGCGUCGAGGCCCACGACGCAAACGCCAUGGCCCAGUCGCUCAAGAGGGGCGAGCGCGUCGUGCUCAAAGAGGUCGGCCUGUUUGCCGACGGCGCCGCCGUCAAGUCGGUCGGCGAGGAGCCCUUUCGCCUCGCCCGCGAGUGCGUCGACGACGUCGUCGAGGUCACCACCGACGAGAUUUGCGCCGCCAUCAAGGACAUGUACGACGACACGCGGUCCGGGCUCGAGCCCGCCGGCGCGCUGCCCAUUGCCGGCCUCAAAAAGUACGCCGCCCGCCACCCAUCCCCGGACCCGUCCCGCACCCUCAUCGCCGUCACCUCGGGCGCCAACAUGAACUUUGACCGCCUGCGCUUUGUCGCCGAGCGCGCCACCCUCGGCGAGGGCAAGGAGGUGCUGCUCGCCUGCCGCAUCCCCGAGCGGCCCGGCGCCUUUACCCGCCUCGUCGAGGCCGUCAUGCCCCGGCCCGUCACCGAGUUCUCCUACCGCUACGCCGAGGGCAGCGACGUCGCCAACGUCCUCGUCGGCAUCUCCCUCGCCGCUCCCGCCCCCGUCCAGCGCGCCGACGAGCUGCGCCGUCUGCUCGAACGCGUCCGCGAGGAUGGCUCCAUGACCGCCACCGACCUCUCCGCCGACGAGCUCGCCAAGAGCCACAUUCGCUACCUCGGCGGCGGCCGCGCCGGCGUGCCCAACGAGAAGCUCUUCAUGUUUUCCUUUCCCGAGCGGCCCGCCGCCCUCGAGCGCUUCCUGCUCGCCGUCCGUCCCAAGUUCAACAUUACCCUCUUCCAGUACAGAAAUUAUGGCGGCGACGUUGCCAAGAUUCUCGCCGGCAUUGCCUGUCCUGACGGCGAGCUGCCCGAGCUGCUGGAUUAUUUAAACGAGCUGGGCUACCCGUAUCAAGACUGCACCGAUUCGGAAGUGUACAAGACGUUUCUGCGGACGUAG